AUGAAAGAAGUGAAUAGAGAAAUAGGAAAAUUGGAUUCAAUAGAUUCAAUAGGAAUAGCAACAAUUGAAAAUGCUCGCUGUCCUGAACAUUAUGAAUUACCAAUUCAAUAUUUCUGUUUAACAUGUAAUGUACAUUGUUUUUGUUCUGAAUGUGCAUUAAGUUCACAUUCAGGUUGUGAAGUUUUAACACUUAAAGAAGCUUACAAUACUGUAGUAAAUACAUAUAUAAAUAAAUGGAUUUCACAAAUUAGUACAAAAUCUGAGAAUCUACAAGUAUCAUUUAAAAAAGUUCUAGAAGAUAAAAGAGAUCAAUGGACAUUAAAGUUACAAGAUUUAAUAAAUAAUUCGAAACAAAUGCAUAAUAAGAUAAAUGACGAUUUGGAAUUAAUUAAGAAUCGUAUGUCUGAAUGGGUAGCAAAUAAUAAUAAAGAAAUUCAAAAUGAGUUAGAAACUUAUACGGAAGAAAUUGAUAAAAUUGUUCAAGAAUAUGAAGAAAUGAUCGAGAAAUUAAGAACAGAGCGAAAUAAUAAGAAUUUAACUGAAAUAUUACAAUUUUAUAAUGAGAAUUGUGAAUACUUAAGACAAAUUAUUUUAGGUGAUACACCUCGAGAUGUUGAAUAUUUUGUAAAAAAUGCACCGAAACAUAUUAGGGAUCGAAUUAAUAUUAGUAAUAAUACUUUUAAAGAAAUGACUAAUAAAUUAACUGAGUUACAACAAAAUAUUAGAAAUUGUCACGCAAUUGAAAAAUAUUAA